GCCAUCCCUCUGGGACUUUGCUUAUAAGUCAGUUGUUCCCUGCAGUCAGUUCAUCUACAGCGUUUCUGAACAGAGCCUGCCUCGGUACAAUUAAUUGUCGCACGCAAGCAGAAGGCAGCAUGUUCAGAGAGGCGUUCCUCGCUGCGGCGUUCUUGGCAUGGUGUCAUACAUUUUCAGUGCAGGGGAGUCCGAUUCUUCCUCGUCCUCUUGAUGUGUCCAUACACGCCAUAAUUGACGACUCAUAUGUAAGCCUGGGUAGCGGGAAGGUUCCAAGAGAGUCUCUGGAAGCUGCUGUGAACGGGGCUACACUGAAGUACGCUGGCGGAUUCCGGAAUGUACAUAUAAGACUUGUACUCACGAGCUUGUUUAGGAUUGGGUCAGGAAAAGAGAAAAGCUUCAUGAAGCUACGAAAGGAUGGACAUCUCGACGGAAAACAAUCUCUGAAGAUCCUCGAAGAGCACGUAGCGGCCUUACAUGAGGAAGAGAGAGCUAAAGCCGGCGGAAGAGCAUAUACGAAGCACGUGGUCCUGCUCGCAACGGGGAGAGCGAUAUGUGCAUCGCCCGGUGACAACGUUCCCUGUAAAGUCGUUGAGGGCAUAGCAGUGCCUCGGAGUCUGUGCACCAACGCCAGUGCUGCGAUUGUAACGUGUACCUCAGAUGUUCAAGAGCCUACUGAACGUGUUGCAAGAUACAUGGCACAGGUGUUGGGUGCAGAUGCACAAGACAACUGUGAAUGCGGCCACAAAGAAGACAGCAUAUUUGAUCUACGCGUCGAAAACAACAUGAUCGCUUACUUAAGCACUAUUCAUUGGGAUUGCCUCUCUCGACGUAAAAAUCCGAAAUAUUUCCUGACACCGGGACGGCUUUUCCACGAAAGAAGUUUCUGUGGAGCUAUAUUACACGGCAGACCAGACGUCAGAUACUGCGGGAGCGAUGACGACCUAAACCACUGCCAGCUGCGUUGCUGCUCACCACGCAAUAUCUUGACUGAAGUGUUCACCGCUCCGGAUGGGACUCCGUGUGACUCGUCCAAGCAUGCUGCACGGCUGAUAGGGCACGCUAGUUGGAGCAACUCGACUGACUUUCUGAAUGCAAGGCUCUGCUAUAGAGGAAGGUGCACGGCAACAGCGGCUGACUUGCAGUACAUACUCAAGUCCGAUAAGAAGCGCUUUGAAUGGAAGAAACGUAGGGCUUCGCCUCUGUUCUGCACCCGAGCUCCUGGUACCGCAUCUCGCAGGAUGACGAUGGGUUAACACCUGGCGCUGCUU